AAAAAUUGACUUCAAAACGUUGCCGCCCAGUGCGCUUUCUCUCCCUACAAAAUUCAAAUCUCGCAGUAACUGUAAAAUCUCAUUGUUCAAAUGAUUCUGAUCAGAACCCCCAUCUCUACUCACAAGCACAAGAAGUAGGGAGAAGGAAGUAUUGCCAAGUUUUGCAACCCUAUCUUAGUUUUUUUUUUGACAAAGGAUGAAUCAGUACCAUAUCAACGCAGAAAGGAUGAACCAGUAUCAUAUCUAUGAAGCCAUUGGCCACGGCAAGCACUCGACUGUAUACAAAGGAAGGAAGAAGAAGACCAUCGAGUAUUUCGCAAUCAAAAGUGUGGAUAAAUCCCAGAAAACCAAGGUUCUUCAAGAAGGUAGAGUUCUCCAUUCCCUUGAUCAUCCAAACGUUCUGAAGUUUUACUCGUGGUAUGAAACAUCUGCUCACUUAUGGUUGGUGCUAGAGUAUUGUGUUGGUGGAAAUCUCAUGACCUUAUUACAGCAGGACACUAAGCUUCCAGAAGAUUCAAUACAUGAUCUUGCUUGUGGUCUUGUAAGAGCUUUGCAGUUUUUACAUUCAAAGGGAAUAUUAUACUGUGAUUUAAAACCAUCAAACAUUCUAUUGGAUGCAAAUGGACUCACAAAGUUGUGUGAUUUUGGAUUAUCAAGAAAGUUAAAUGAUAUUUCAAGAACUCAAUCGCAGUUACCGCAAGCAAAGCGUGGGACACCAUGUUACAUGGCUCCAGAGCUGUUCCAGGAUGGAGGAGUCCAUUCUUAUUCUUCUGAUUUGUGGGCUCUAGGUUGUGUGAUGUAUGAGUGCUAUGCAGGGAGACCACCAUUUGUCGGAAAAGAAUUCACUCAGUUAGUGAAAUCAAUACUUGCAGAUCCAAUUCCUGCUCUGCCUGGUACUCCAAGCCGCCCUUUUGUGAAUUUGAUCAAUUCUCUGUUAAUCAAGGAUCCAGCUGAAAGAAUUCCGUGGUCUGAACUUUGUGAGCAUGCAUUCUGGAGAGCAAAAUUUUCUCUGGUCUCAUUACCUCCGCAGCCUGCUUUUGAUAAUUUGGUUGAGCUUUCUUCUAGACCACACCUUUCAGAACGAAACAGUGAAAAACCUCCUCACAACAAGACUCCCCAAAAAGCACGUGAUAGAGAUCCCAAAGGGAUUCACAGGCAUGACGAGAACUCAAACACUGAGUCUAAAGGUCCUGACACACCUAAUAGAGGCAUUUCCAGUACAAGAAAACCUCAACACAAAGCUUCUGGAAGAAAUAUUGACAACAAGCACAAGGAUACAUCAAAUAACACUAGGGAGGUCAAUCUACUACGACUGUCAAGAAUUGCAAAGUCGAAUUUAAGGAGGGAAAAUGAGAAGGAGAACUACAGGAGGCCAUUACCAAAUAGUUCUGAGAAUGAUGCAGAAGUUAAAAUUGAAAAUAAUGAUAUGGAACUUGAUUUUAGUGAGAACACAGAGGAUGAGACAAAUGAUGAACCUGAUGACACUGAAGGCAUGAAAUGCACCACAGAAUCCACCGUGUCACCUUCGAAUGAGCAACAAGAAAAAGUGGAAGGGACGGAUGAUGCCAAUUCAGGAUUAUCAGCUAUGGUUAAAACGCCUUUCUCAGAUGACUCAAGAAAUCUUGACCUGGAACCGUCUUCAGAACACUCUUAUCAUUCUGCAACUUUACCCAGUGACGAUCCUCAGCAAAAAACUCCUAGAAUUAAAGAUGGUACUAGUUCUGAUGCCGAUGCACCAAAAUCAUCAACAAGCCUCUCACAGGUUUUCUGGCAUCCUUCUGACCUUUCAGUCAGACCUGUUAUGCCGAGUAGAAAAUCAGACAAAGUGUCAGGAACAACUCCGUCACUUCCAUUUGAUCCACUUCUGGCAUCUGAUUUUGUCAAAAUGUCAAAAGAGCAAUCAGACCUGAUUAACAGGAUCAUAAGUAUUAUCACCGGGAACACUUCUACAGGAGAAAAACAAAAUGUUAUUAAGUACCUUGAGAUGCUAAGUAGCAAUGUAGAUGCAGCAAACAUCUUGACCAAUGGCCCUAUAAUGCUAGUACUGGUUAAAAUGCUAAGACAAUCUAAAGCCUCUCUUCUGCAUGCUCAACUUGCUUCACUUAUCGGUUUGUUGAUCCGUCGUUCUACUUUUAUUGGAGAUGAGUUGUCUAAUUCUGGAAUCCUAGGUGCUUUAACUGAUGGCCUCAGAGACAGACAAGACAAAGUAAGAAGGUUUUCCAUGGCUGCAUUGGGUGAAUUGCUAUUUUAUAUUUCUACUCAGGAUGAGCAUGCUAGAGAUAAUAGUGCCUUGGAAUCUCCAUCUAAGGAUAACAGGGUUUCGUCUGCUUGGCAGGUGACAAAUUCAAUAAUUUCCCUAGUGUCAUCAGUUUUACGAAAUGGAGAGGAUGAUAUGACUCAACUAUACGCACUACGGACCAUUGAAAAUAUUUCCAGCCAAGGAGGUCACUGGUCUGCUCGUUUCACAAGUCAGGCUGUACUCAUUAACCUCUGUCAUAUUUUUAGGGCUCCAAGUAAACAAGAGAUGAUGAAACUAACGGCAGGAUCUUGUUUGGUUCGUCUUGUCCGUUUCAGCCCUUCCUGCAUUCAACGGGUUUUGGAUAAACUUCCAUUGAAGGAUAUUUCAUCAAUCUUAGUUAAGGGUAGUCAACGUGAGCAGCAAAUAUGCUUGAAUCUUUUGAACAUGGCGCUUUCUGAAAGUCACAUGCCUGCAAAUAUUGGACGAUAUCUUCCUCCCUUGUUGGAAGAUAAGAACCUUGUCCCACACCUCAUCAGUCUUAUCGAGCAGGGAGGUGAAGUUUUGAAGGGGAAGGCUCUUCUCUUUGUGGCUCUACUAUGUAAGAAUGGCAGGAGGUGGCUCGCACUAUUUUUUUGCAAUGCGAAACUCCUAUCAGCUGUUGAUAGGCUGGUGAAGGAUAAGGACAGCUAUGUGAAGCAAUGCUUAGAUUCAUUUGCAUAUGUUGUUGCAUCAAGUGUGCCAAGUCUACUUGAAACUACUGUUGCGGAUAUCCAACAACUUAUGAGUAGUAGACGCCGUGGGCAGAUUAUGGGAGUCUCCAGUCGGAAUUCUUCUAAGACCAACUUUCACUUUUUCCCUGUUGUUCUCCAUCUUCUUGGGUGUUCUUUACUCAAGCAAAAGGUUGCUAGUCACCAGGUUAUACAACAGUUGGCAAACCUUAUGAGAUUGAUGGAGUCUCCUUUCCAGGGAAGAGAUGAUUUUCAGAUAACACUUCUGCGGAUCCUUGAAUCUAUUGCAGAGGAAACAUCUGUAAUUAAAGAAAGUUGCAACAUUUUUACUUCUGAGGUCCUUCCUAGUUUAUGUGUGCUAUACAAAGGAAAUAGUAAAGAUGGAGAUGCCAGGUUUUUGUGUCUGAAGGUUUUCUUUGAUUUAAUGGUCACAUUACUGAAUGAAGUAUCAGGGGAUGAACAAAAGAUGAUGGAAUUGAAGUCUAUAUCCAAUUCUCAUUUCCUUCCUAUGUACCCAUCUUUGGUUGAGGAUGAGGACCCAAUCCCAGUUUAUGCUCAAAAACUCCUUGUGAUGUUUAUAGAGUAUAGUCACAUAAAAAUUCCAGACAUUCUUCAUAUGAAGAUAAUCUCACAGUGCUUUGAAUUUCUGCUAGUCGAUUUCUCAAGCAUGAAUGUUAACAAUGUCAUGCUUUGUCUGGCUUUGGCAUCUGCUCCAGAACUGGAUACUGAAGUCCUUUCUCAGCUCAAAGUUGUAAGAAAGCUCGGAAGCCUGUUAGAAUUUGUGCGUGCAAGGGAAAUGGAAAAUUUCAUUGAACCUACUCUUUUUCUUUGCAAGGCUUUCCUUUUACGUUCAGCGGGCACUAGAAAAGGGUCUAGCAGCAACGCAAAAGAACCAGCACCGUUGCUGUAUGAUAAUUCUUCACAUGCAGCCAUUGACUGCGAUGAAUGCAGCAGCACUAUUAUCAGAGAUAUAGCCGACUUUGGUGAGAAUGUCGGAGUUCUGCUGGACCUGAGUAACUCCAGUGCAGAUAACAUAUCAGACAUAGCAUCUGAAUGCCUGGUCUUGUUGUUAAAGGCAGCUCCAAGGGAAGCUACCACUGGAUUCCUAACCAACCUUGCCAGAGUCACUGUCAUCCUAGAGUCAUGGAGGCCUACCAUCUCCAACUUGGUACCACUAAGGAUUCUUUAUGCUCUUGCUCACUCUUGCCGGCAAUACUUGUCGCACAGUAUGAUUCUAGCAAUACACUUUCCAGAUAUAUCGAAACUCGAGCAGGUUUUGUCUCAGCUCAAAAGUUGCACCAUACAAACUGUGGCAGAUGCUGCCUUUUGCGCUUCUUCGGAACUUCAAAGGCUACCACAUCGUUAUUGAAUAUUACAAGAGGCAUCCCAUCAUUCAUUCUCGAAGUUCCUUAUCUUUCUUAACAUGGCCUUCAAGAGGGAGGAAGAUCAGAUCCUUCUACCUGCUAUUGUCGUGAAGUUACUUGUAGUAUGCAUUCAUUUCAUGAUUUUAUACUUCCAUCAUCUUUAAUAUCUUAAAAUGAUUUGUUGUAGGCUCUCAACUGCUCUCCGUUCACGCAAUUAUCUGAGGGCAGAUGUAAUGAUAUCUGAUCUUUAUUUCUAUGAAUUAACUGCAAAAUGUUUGUGGAAUGUAAAUAUGUGUUGCUAGAUGAAUUGGAUCAGAGUAACAAAAUGCAUUUUUUUGCGGCAAAAAGAAC